GCAAAGCGUGAGAGCAAGAAAGGGAGAUAGUCGCCUCCAUCUCUAUCUGUCUUUCUAUCUAUCCAUUUAUCUUUUCUCCUCAUCGCCUCACACCUUCCCUCACUCACUGCAAAACCCUAAUUAGCUUCUAUGGAUUUCGAGUCGUCUCAGCUCCAACAAGCUCAGGUGGCUGCCAUCCUCGGCCCCGAUCCUGCUCCAUUCGAAACCCUUAUUUACCAUCUCAUGUCCUCUGGGAACGAACAGCGAUCGCAGGCUGAGGCUAUAUUCAAUCUAUGCAAACAGAAUCAUCCCGAUGCGUUGUCCCUCAAGCUCGCUCAUCUUCAAUCCUCCCCUCAGGUCGAGCUCCGUGCCAUGUCUGCGAUUCUCCUUCGUAAGCAGCUCACCCGCGAUGAUUCCUACAUCUGGCCGCGUCUCUCUCCUUCUACGCAAUCCACUCUCAAAUCUCACCUUCUUUCUUGCGUUCAAAGAGAAGAUGCUAAGACAAUAUCCAAAAAGCUCUGCGAUACGGUUUCCGAGCUCGCCUCGGGAAUCCUUCCUGAUGGUGGGUGGCCUGAGCUUCUCCCCUUUAUGUUCCAGUGUGUCACCUCCGAUUCCCCUAGGCUUCAAGAGUCCGCUCUUCUGAUGUUUGCCCAGUUGUCACAGUACAUAGGGGAAACCCUAAUUCCCCACCUCAAUACUCUCCAUUCCGUCUUCCUUCAGUGCUUGGCUUCUUCCUCUAAUUCUGAUGUACGGAUUACCGCACUUGGUGCUGCUAUUAAUUUCAUUCAGUGCCUGUCGAGCCCCUCAGACCGUGAUCGGUUCCAAGACCUAUUGCCGGUGAUGAUGCAGACUUUGACGGAAGCACUGAAUGGUGCUCAAGAGGCGACUGCUCAAGAAGCACUUGAGCUGUUGAUUGAGUUGGCUGGAACGGAGCCCAAGUUCUUGAGGCGGCAGCUGGUCGACGUAGUUGGUUCCAUGCUGCAAAUUGCAGAGGCCGAUUCCCUCGAGGAGGGGACACGUCAUCUUGCCAUUGAAUUCGUGAUCACGCUUGCCGAGGCCAGGGAGAGAGCUCCUGGGAUGAUGCGAAAACUGCCACAGUUCAUAAGUAGAUUAUUUUCGAUCUUGAUGAAAAUGCUUCUGGAUAUCGAAGACGAUCCUGCGUGGCACAAUGCCGACACUGAAGAUGAGGAUGCUGGGGAGACCAGUAAUUACAGCGUUGGCCAGGAGUGCUUGGAUCGGUUGUCUAUCUCAUUGGGUGGGAAUACGAUCGUUCCUGUUGCGUCGGAGCUCUUGCCUCAAUACUUGGCUGCUCCUGAGUGGCAGAAGCACCAUGCAGCGCUCAUCACCCUAGCUCAGAUUGCAGAGGGAUGCUCAAAGGUAAUGAUAAAAAAUCUCGAGCAAGUGGUGAACAUGGUUUUGAAUUCAUUUCAAGAUCCCCACCCACGUGUGAGAUGGGCAGCUAUUAAUGCAAUUGGGCAACUGUCUACGGACUUGGGACCAGAGUUGCAAACACAAUAUCACCAACGGGUGCUGCCUGCACUAGCCGCAGCGAUGGAUGAUUUUCAAAAUCCCAGAGUACAGGCACAUGCUGCUUCAGCAGUCCUCAACUUCAGUGAAAACUGUACACCAGAUAUCUUAACACCUUAUUUGGAUGGGAUAAUAAGCAAAUUGCUUGUACUCCUACAGAAUGGGAAGCAAAUGGUGCAAGAAGGGGCGUUGACAGCUUUAGCAUCAGUUGCGGAUUCAUCCCAGGAACACUUCCAAAAAUACUAUGACGCUGUUAUGCCUUAUCUGAAAGCUAUCUUGGUUAAUGCAACUGACAAGUCUAACCGCAUGCUUCGUGCCAAAUCAAUGGAAUGCAUUAGUUUGGUUGGAAUGGCUGUUGGAAAGGAGAAGUUCAGGGAUGAUGCCAAGCAGGUUAUGGAAGUGCUUAUGGCUUUGCAAGGGUCUCAAAUGGAGACAGAUGAUCCGACAACAAGUUACAUGCUACAAGCAUGGGCUAGACUCUGCAAGUGUCUAGGGCAGGAUUUCCUCCCUUACAUGAGUGUUGUUAUGCCACCACUACUUCAAUCUGCUCAGCUUAAACCUGAUGUAACCAUUACAUCUGCAGAUUCUGAUGAUGAUAUUGAUGAAUCAGAUGAUGAAAGUAUUGAGACUAUUACUCUGGGAGAUAAAAGGAUAGGGAUCAAAACUAGUGUACUAGAGGAGAAAGCUACGGCUUGUAAUAUGCUAUGUUGCUAUGCAGAUGAAUUAAAGGAGGGGUUCUAUCCAUGGAUUGAUCAGGUUGCUCCUACUUUAGUUCCACUUCUCAAAUUUUAUUUCCAUGAAGAAGUUAGGAAGGCUGCUGUUUCAGCCAUGCCGGAGCUAUUGCGUUCAGCUAAACUAGCUGUGGAAAAAGGGCAAGCCCAAGGUCGGAAUGAAUCUUAUAUUAAGCAGUUGUCUGACUAUAUUAUACCUGCUUUGGUGGAAGCUUUACACAAGGAACCUGAGACAGAAAUUUGUGCAAGCAUGCUGGAUGCUUUGAAUGAAUGUAUUCAGAUAUCUGGAUCACUUCUGGAUGAAAGCCAGGUGAGAUCCAUAGUUGAUGAAAUAAAGCAAGUAAUAACAGCUAGCUCAACUAGAAAAACAGAAAGAGCAGAGAGGGCCAAAGCAGAGGACUUUGAUGCAGAGGAAGGGGAGUUGCUUAAAGAAGAAAAUGAGCAAGAAGAAGAAGUCUUUGACCAAGUUGGUGAUUGCUUGGGCACAUUGAUCAAAACAUUCAAGGCCUCUUUCUUACCUUUCUUCGAUGAGCUUUCUUCCUAUAUAACACCUAUGUGGGGCAAGGAUAAAACAGCUGAGGAAAGAAGGAUUGCCAUUUGCAUUUUUGAUGACGUUGCAGAGCAAUGCCGAGAAGCAGCUUUGAAGUAUUAUGAUACAUACCUUCCUUUCCUUUUGGAAGCCUGCAAUGACGACAACCCAGAUGUUCGGCAGGCAGCGGUAUAUGGAAUUGGUGUUUGUGCUGAGUUUGGUGGAUCUGUAUUUAGACCUCUUGUUGGAGAGGCUCUUUCCAGGCUAAAUGUUGUGAUAAGGCAUCCUAAUGCACUCCAUUCGGAUAAUGUAAUGGCAUAUGACAAUGCUGUUUCAGCUCUUGGGAAAAUAUGCCAGUACCAUCGUGAAAAUAUUGAUGCUUCUCAGGUUGUUCCUGCUUGGUUGAGCUGCUUGCCAAUAAAAGGUGAUUUGAUUGAGGCCAAAGUUGUUCAUGAACAGCUUUGCUCAAUGGUUGAAAGGUCUGAUAGGGAUCUUUUGGGCCCGAACAAUCAGUUUCUUCCUAAGAUUGUUGCAAUCUUUGCCGAGGUUCUAUGUGCAGGCAGGGAAUUUGCUACAGAGCAAACCGCCAGUCGAAUGAUCAAUCUUUUGAGGCAGUUACAACAGACUUUGCCGCCUUCUACUCUAGCAUCAACUUUGUCGUCGUUGCAGCCUCAGCAACAGCUUGCGCUGCAAUCCAUCCUCUCUUCAUAGUUCUUGGGUAUUUGUGUUUGGGGCUACUCAUCGUUCCUUUUGGAGAAUUGCUGCGUUCAGUUUGUUUUGUCUAUUAAUGUUCAUUACCCAUUCUUUCCAUAAUGUAUUCUUAUUGUUCCUUUGGCUUGGGAUUUUCUGGCAAUGCGAUGUUUUGGUCAGGUGAGGAUAAAAGUCGUGCGGGUGGAGGAAAAAUGUUAUUAUGUAGAUGUGUAUAUUACAAGCGUUUUAUUUGUCGUCCGGUUUUGUCCGGGGGUAAGGGGAAAAAAGAAGAGAUGGCUGGUGGUGGUCAUUGAGAGUCUUGUCGGUUGUUGCGGGGUUUGAGGAUUGCUGAUGAGGCAAUUCUUGUUGCAGUUUUGGUGAUCUUAAUAUAUCUAUACUUUUUUU